UAUUCUUUGUUGACCCCACUCUAAAAAAGUCAUGCAUCUCUAUCCUCUAGUAUAAGAAUAAAUCAACAAGAAGAUCAAAUGGUGAACAAACUACCUAAAAGCACUGUAUCAUAUGUUAAGCUGAUAGUAUUUGCUGAUUAUCAAACUCCACCAUCCAAUGGCUUCUUCAUCAAUACCCGAAAGGAAUUAUGACAUCUUCUUGAGUUUCAGAGGCACGGACGUGCGUAACAACUUCCUUGGCCAUCUCUAUAGAGCUCUUGACCAAAGAGGAAUCUACACUUACAUUGAUAGUGAGGAGCUCAGGAAAGGAGAGCAAAUAGCGCCAGCGCUUAUGAAGGCGAUCGAGAAAUCGCAUAUUGCGAUCAUCAUUUUCUCUGAGGAUUACGCUUCCUCAUGGUGGUGUUUGGAAGAGGUUGCGAAAAUCAUGGACUGCAAGAAAGAAAGAGAUUUUGUGGUCUUUCCAUUGUUUUACAAAGUGGAUCCUAGAGAAGUGAGAACGCCAAAAGAGAGGUAUAGAAAAGCUAUGGUUAAGCAUCAAUCCAGGUUUGGGAAGGAUGCAGUGAAGAGAUGGGCGAAAGCUCUUUCCGACGCCGGUAAAUUGUCUGGGUGGCAUCUGAAAGAUGAAGAUGAGUCAGAGCUUAUACAAAGAAUUGUGAUGGAAAUCUCCACUCACCUAGACCGAACAAUUUUGCAUGUUGCUAUGCAUCCAGUUGGGAUAGAUUCCCAAGUGGUUAAGUUGAAAUCGAUGUUAAACCUUGAGUCUGAUGAUGAUGUUCUCAUGGUGGGAUUGUGGGGACAAGGCGGCAUAGGAAAGACGACUUUAGCCAAAGCCAUUUAUAAUGAUAUUUUCAAUCAAUUCAGGAAUUCAUGUUUUUUGGCGAAUGUUCGAGAAAUUUCAAAAGAUUGCAAGGAUUUAGUUACUUUGCAAGAAAAAUUAUUAUUUGAGAUAUUAGCGCUGAAAGAAAGAUUAGUAGUUUCCAAUGUUGAUAGAGGCAUUAAUCUAAUACAAGAAAGACUUUGUCACAAAAAAGUGCUCCUCAUCCUUGAUGAUGUGAAUGACUUGAGCCAGUUACAUGCGUUAGUAGGAGAAGGUAAGUGGUUUCAUAAGGGUAGUAGGAUCAUUAUUACUACAAGAGAUAGCCAUUUGCUAACUUAUCUCGGGAUAGAUCAAGAUCAUGUCUAUGAAGUUAGAAAGCUGGAUGACAGUGAUGCUCGUGAGCUAUUCAGUAAGCAUGCUUUUCCGGCUCACCAAAAGUUUAAAAUCAGGACAGAUCUAGUGGAUAGUGUUCUAAAUCAUGCUGAAGGCCUUCCUUUAGCACUUGAGGUGCUAGGUUCUUUCUUACGUGGUAGAAGAGAAUAUGAAUGGGAAAGUGCACUAGAUGAAAUCUCUACAGCUCCUAAGAAAGGCAUCAAUGAUGUGCUCAAAAUAAGUUAUGAUGGACUAGAGCCAAAAGCGAAAGAGAUCUUUCUCCACAUUGCCUGCUUCUUUAAGGGGUGGGAUAGUGAGUAUGUAAAGAAAGUUGUUGAUAGUUGCGAUCUUAAGGCAGUAAUAGGAUUACAAAUUCUCAUAGAGAGGUCCUUGAUAAAAAUUGAGUCCGGGAUCAUACAAAUGCAUGACUUGAUUCAAUUGAUGGGUAUGGAUAUUGUGAACCAAGAAAGCGAUGAUCCUAGGAGACGCAGCAGACUAUGGCUAUAUGAUGAUGUUGUCGAUGCUCUAUCAAGCGACAUGGGAAAUUGUGCUGUAAAAGCUAUAGUGUUGCAGCCACUUGAGCUUACAAACAUAUGGAUUAGUCCCGAUGCUUUGACGAAAAUGAGAAGGUUGAGAUUGCUCAUUUUGCACAACGUGUGCGAUACUUUCCAAGGUCCUAUUUGUCUUCCUAAUGAGCUCAGAUGGUUUCAAUGGAAUGGAUGUGCUCCCUGGAGUCUAGAAUUUGCCUCUGGUAAGAAGAAAUUAGUGGGACUUGAUAUUAGCAAUUGCAGUGUACCAUCAGUGCCAAAUCAAUUUAAGGGCUUCCAAAAUUUGAAGUACAUUAAAUUUAGUCACUCUGAGUCGUUGGUUCACAUGCCUGACCUCUCGUGUACUCCGAAUCUUGAGGAAUUGCAUUUUAAUAAUUGCAAAAACUUGGUAGAAGCCCAUGAUUCUCUUGCACAUCAUGACAAGCUACGAGUGUUGGAUAUCCAGGAGUGCUCUAACCUUGGUGCUUUUCCAAAUGAGCUCACGUCAAAAAAUCUUCGAACUCUCACACUUAAAAAUUGCACAAAGUUCGAAAGAUUUCCUAAUAUUCCAUAUAAACUCGAAGCCUUGAAAAGGCUUCACUUACAAGGGACUGCUAUAAAAGAACUUCCCGCAUCAAUAGAAAAUCUUGUCUCUUUAAAGGAAAUGCAUUUGAAUACAUGUAAGAACCUGGUUAGUCUUCCAUCUAGCAUUUAUAAGUUACAAAACCUUGAAAUAUUGCGCGUUAAGUGUUGUGCUAAUUUAAUCGGGUUUCCAAAGUACGGGGAUUCAACUGAUCCAUGCAUGAAGACUGGACUUUCAAAUUUACAUGAGUUAGACCUUGAAGGAUGUGAUCUGUCUGAAAUAGAGUUUCUCGAGAAUCUUUCUUGUUUUCCCCUCUUAGCUAAAUUAUUUCUGACGAAAAACAAUAUUACUACCCUUCCUCCAUCCAUCAGUAAGCGUGAUCAUUUGUUUAUAAUGAGAGUUGAAAACUGCCAUCAAUUACAAGAGAUUCCAGAGCUUCCCACAUCUUUGGGUUGGCUUUGGGCAGAUAACUGCGACUCUCUGCAAAAAAGUGAAGAUUUAACCUCCAUUCAUUAUCUUGUCCGUAGAGGUUUGGCUAAUACGGUUGACUCAUUUGGCAAGGAUACGGUCGACUCACAUGGCAAGUAUGGGCCAAAUUUCAAAAUAAUUCUCCCUCAAGGAGAGAUGCCACAGUGGGUCCUUCCCAUUGAAGAGGAUUCCAUAUCUUUCAUGGUUUCAGAGGACUUAUAUGACAAGAUUCUUGGAUUGACAAUUUGUGUCGUUCUUGAUAAUGUUGAACCCUCAUUUGAGGUUUUAGCACAUGCUGUUGAUGGUGAUGGGCAAAAUGAUAUAGAGGAAUUGUUCUUCUAUCCAUUGCAUUCAGAACAUAUCUGGCUCAACUAUAUCACACCACUUCAGUUGUGGGGAGUAGUCGAUUUUGGUCAAAUUGAUGGGAACAAUGUAAAGUUUAGCUUUACAAAAUCAAUAAAAGUGAAAAGGUGGGGAUUCCGAAUAAUAUGCAAGCAACUAGGGAAUGAUUUGAAAGUCGAUCUUCGAGAUAAUCAGCUGAUAGAUCCAGCUUUACUCUAUGAGGUCGAUCAUGAAUCAACAAAUUCAAUAGCUGGGAGUUCACUUAUGCAUGAAGAUAAUUCGAGUGAAGUAGAUCUACAGGAGGACUUGCAAGAUUGUCAAGUGAGUGGUGAGGAGCAAAGUCAUAUAGUACCAACUAGAAAUCAUGAGCUUGAGGCAUGCGAACCAAGACCAUGGGGACUUCUAAUUCGAUGGACAGAGAUGUGCAUGGCAAUGUUUGGUCGCUGCUUUUGUUGUUAGGAUGAUGGGAACUUACCAAGUAAGCAAUUCUUAGCGUUGAAUUUGCCAGCUAUAGCGAUAGAAAUGAUCAACCUUGGAGAGAACUAGAUGAUGGGGCUUUGGAUGCGCAAUUGAUGCCGGUAGGAGUGGAGGGACAAUUUGGAAGAGAAAGACACAAACUUCCAUUGGAGCAUAUAGAGGACGAAGGCAUCAGACAAGAGAGAGACGCACGCAUCCAACAACUCUCUCUUAAAGCUUCUUCCUUUUCUCUUCUCCUCCGCCAUAGCCAAAACUUCCAACUCCACCGACGCCUCAUCUUCCAUCCCCACACCAGCCAUCUCCGACGAACGGACGGAAGGAGUUCGUCUUCCCGAAACGGAGUCCCUAGCGAACCCGACGGCGACGGAGACCGGCCAGUGGAGGCGACGGGCUACCACCGCCGACCGAAGCCAUGGAAACUGAUGACGAUUCUCUCCUGAGGUUCUGGGCUUCGUGCAGAUUGCUCUAGAUCAGGCAAACUUUGAACUCCAUUGACGCCAUUUUCAAUAUCUCGAUUGCUCAUCUUUCAUCCGACACCAGCGAGCCUUGAUGAGUGGAAGAUUGCCACUUGCCAAUGGAGCCGACAAACAGAGGAAGUUCUUCGUAAAACAGCCUAGCGAACUGAAGGUGACGGAGACUGCCAAGUGGAGGCAACAGACUACCACCACCGACUGCAGCCAUGGAAACUGAUAACAUAGCUUCAGGUGAACGAUUCUCUCCUGAGGUUCUGGGUUUUAUGCAGCUUGCUAUAGAUCAGGUAACGCCUGGCACAGCCAAUUGUAUUAAGUUGAUGAAAUACUUGAGCUGAAGUUUGAGUCUGAUUCCUUUGGUGCUACAAUUGCGUGGGAACUUGAAGUUGAAUUUGGACAAGAGAUGUUGAAUAAGUGUUUCUUUGUAAGUGUUGUCUGUGGAUCCUUGGUAGUGCAUCCAUUGGUAAUCGACAUUAUCAGUUCAUCUCUUCAUUUGACUAAAACCUGAAGUCAAACUCGCAGUUCAAGGUAGUUCAUAUUCUUAAGGUGAACUCAUCACAAAAUUACUUUCAAACUAUAGUUUUGUGACUCUUUGUAUUCUACAUUAAAGUGCAAAUCUGGAUGUGAGAUCAUUGUUGCAGAUUUUGGCAUUCUCUGCUGUUUGUGUGUGAUCUCAGAAACAGUUAAUGGUUAUUAUUUUGUCUCAGGACCUUAAAAAGUUGCAUAAUCAGUGUGUUCAGACAGCUCUUUAAGUGAAGAGAUCCCUGUGAAUAGUAUUUACGAUAAUUAGCAUUCUAUAUAUGGUAUGAGGAUGUAGUUAAACAUCUAGAAUUCUAUAAAGUGUCUUCAAAUGAUUUAGUGCACUCUGACUGACAAUGCAUGCGCCAUUUACUGCUUUUCCAAUUACAGGAUUUCAUCAAGGACCUGAUAAAGAAAGCGUGAACGUCCAGAUCAGUUUUUGCCCCGAUGUUCAUGUGUUUAUUGAGGGUUGCAGCUGUGAUCUUCCAUUUUAUGCUUUAACUUGAUCAUCAUAUUGUAAGAUAAUUUAUGGCAAAAUCCUGUAUAGGCAGAACUUUUUUUAUGCUAAUUUUUGUCAUCAACCUAUCAUGUAA